AUGUACUUCGCCGACUACGCCGCCCUCCGCGACGGCGUCGUCAUGUACACGCUGCCGCUCACGGGCGCGCCGCCGCGUCCCGAGCCGCGGCGCGCGAUCGCGACGCCGACGCCGACGCCCGCAGGCUUCGCCCAGGCCGUCGUGGCGACAAGGACCUUCUGGUUCCUGCCCAAGAAGCAGAGGGAUCCCGGCUAUUACACGGACAAGUCGACGAUGAGCUGGAGCUUCAUCGCCGAGAACCAGUACUUCGCCGGCCUGUUGCUCUUCCAGUGCGUCUACAUGACCGGGCGCGCGCGCGCGCUCCUCGCGGGCUCCGCGGCGGGCAACGCCGUCGAGGCGGUCAUGGUCGCGCUGCCCUACGUUGUCGUCCGCCCCUGCUUCCCGAAGACGAGCUUCCGCGACUCGCUCCGCGGCGGCGACGGCCGCAAGGGCAACGUGUCGGCGCGCAACGCGACCUUCUUCCGCGUCCAGACCUGGGUCACGAAAACUUUCUACGUCUUCGCGAAGCACUUCAUCGGCUACUUCCUCAACUACGCGCGGUUCCUCGACCGCCUCGACGCGGCGGAGAUCCGCCACGUCCACCUCAUGCUCGUCUUCUCCUGCUUCGCCACGACCAUCUCCAUGUUCCUCCACACGCUCAAGUUCAAGGGCUACAUGGGGCCGCGGACCGCGUUCCUCGUCUACCAGGCGUCCUACCUCGCGACCUUCUACUCCUGGUACAAGCUCGCACCGACGGUCGCCAAGUCGCCGGACCUCGUCGCCGCGACGCUCGCCGGCGUCGCCGUCAACUUCAUGGGCCGCAACGCCAUCCGCGCCUACCAGGCCGCCGUCGCCGUCGCCCUCUUCGCCCGCCGCGCCGGCGCCCUCGGCAUGACAUCUCCGAUCGAUGGGCAGCCCGCGUUACUGCGCUUCGCGCUGCUGUGCUUGGCGACGGCGCCGGACCCGCGCGCGACGGCAGACGCGUCCUGCCUCGCCGCGGCGGUCGGCGGGCUCGUCGCGGUGAACGCGACGACGGGCCGCUGCGCGCCGGACGUGUGCCGCGGCUCCGCGUCCGACGUGCUCGACCUCUUCCGCGAGACGCGGCGGCCGACGGCCGCGGAGGCCGCGGCGUACGCGGCGCCGCGCGGCGGCCGCUACUGCGACCACCGGCCGACGAGCAGCGGCGACGCGCCGUGGCGGCCCGGGGCCGUCCCGGCGUCCAUCGCCUGCGCGGGCCUCUACGACGCGGCGGCUGCGCG